CGGACCCUACAAACCCAUCUCUCUCUUCUCUUUUCAUAUAAAUAUAUAUAAUCUUCCCUCUCUACUCCUAAAUACAAUUACAUUUAUAAUAAGCUAUAAUUAGAAAGAACUCUUGGAUAUAGAUUGAGCAUAAUAGCAUUUGAUUGGAAUAUAAAGGAACAUUUUCACAUAUACCAAUAUGGGUAGAGCACCGUGUUGUGAUAAAAAUGGGCUCAAGAAAGGGCCUUGGACUCCUGAAGAAGAUCAAAAACUAGUUGAUUAUAUUCAGAAACAUGGAUAUGGUAACUGGAGGACACUUCCCAAAAAUGCAGGACUUCAAAGGUGUGGAAAGAGCUGUAGACUUCGAUGGACAAACUAUCUCAGACCAGAUAUCAAAAGAGGACGAUUUUCUUUUGAAGAGGAAGAGACAAUUAUUCAACUCCACAGUAUUUUGGGAAACAAAUGGUCUGCUAUUGCUGCUCGGUUACCAGGAAGAACUGACAAUGAAAUAAAAAAUUACUGGAACACCCACAUUAGAAAACGGCUCCUCCGAAUGGGAAUUGAUCCAGUGACUCACAGUCCUAGGCUAGAUCUCCUAGACCUCUCCUCCAUUCUAAGCUCUUCAUUCUACAACUCAUCUCAUCAUCAUCAGAUGAGCCACAUGAGCAGGUUCUUAGGAGUCCAACCAGCAGCUGUAAUGAACCCUGAACUUCUAAAACUAGCCACUUCUCUCAUGUCUUCCUCAAAUAACAACAAUUCUCAACAACGUGGGAAUACUUCAUCAUCAACAAACCAAAACAGUAACACCACUACUUUCUACUUCCAAAACUCCCAACAAGAAGUUGUCGAUCACCAAAACCAGCUUUAUAACAACAUUAAUCAAUUCCAACAACAAGUACUGUACCAACCUAACCAACUCCAUGAAAUCUCACAACCUGGUUGCCCCACUACUACUACAAGUACUUUAGAUCACGUGUCUUGUGCCCCACUUUCUAAUGAUGAACUAGUACAUCAGGACCUAUCAAAUUUCACAAAUUUCAGUUCCCCAAGUUCCCAAAUCAGUCAUGAAUGGCAAAGUAGUAGUACAACAACAACAACAACAACAACAACAACAACAACAAAUGGGAUGCCUUCAAAUUUUACGGAAGCAGAUCACUAUGCUCCGAGUUUACCGGGUUACAGUUCUUACAGUACUUAUCAUGAUAAUCAUAAUUAUCAUCAUCAACAACCUACGGUGAUUGAUCCCUCAACGGAGAGCUACCAGUCAAAUCAAAACUUUAGUUUUACUACUACUACAUCGGUUUUGUCUACUCCUUCUUCGAGUCCUACGGCGUUGAAUUCGAAUAAUUCGACCAAUUAUUUGAAUAGUACUACUUGUUCAACUGAGGAUGAACCGGAGAGCUAUUGCAGCAGUAUGUUGAAGUUUGAAAUCUCAGAUAUCUUGGAUGUUAAUGAAUUUAAUUAUGUAAUGUAAAUCAUGAUUAGAACUAUUACGGAUUAUAACUGAUCCAGGAGAAGGAUUUUUUUUAAUUUAAUUUUCUAUUUUUCAAAAAUGUUUAGGGUCUUGGGUUUGGUGGUGGUAUUGAUGCGUGUAAAAUUUACUAAUAAUUAAUUGUUUUUUUCUUUUUUAAUCUUCGUAAGCCUUACUGUAUCGGGAAGAAAAAGAUCUAGCUGUUAGUAUUUUCUUAAUGGAAAAUUUCCAUUAUUGAGAU